AUGACUUCGCCCUCCCCCGUCACCCUAAAGAGCUACACCGACGGCGACAAUGUCCUCUCUCGUGCCGCCAGCUACACCGACCUCCCUAGCCAGUCCGAAGGUGUCCAGCCGGGCUUAAGGCGAACCUUCUCCGAUUACGCCGUACCAACUCUUUCCUCACCAACAAAGGAAAGCGUGGCUGCUGGGAAGGACAUUCUACGACGGACAUCCCUACGCUCGAAAAAAGAGCCGCCCGUCGCCGUGUCACACUUUACACUGUCAUCGUCAGAGGACCUCAAGGAGACGGAGUUGCAAUUGAAAAAUCCCAAUGCUUCCAAGGUACCGGAAACUAGGGCGCCAGAGCGGGCUGCGCGCCCCUCGAAAGGCCGCUCCAUGUCCGGACGCAUAGUCAGCCUCGCACGGAGACCAUGGAGCUCUUCCUCCCGAUCCCCGUCCCCGUCAGCCAAGAGAUCCAAGCAGCGGCCCGAAGAACAAUCUCCCACCAAAACCCCUACAAAGACCGGACGAAAGGCCGACGUGGCUGAAUCGGAUUCGGAAAGGCCCUCUCGAAAGCGAACGAUUCUGUAUAAACGACCACGGCGCCCAAUGCUCGCUGUCGUGGCGAAGGGAGGAAAUGAAGAUCCUGACUCGCCCAGCAGUCCGUCUGGCGCCUCGCUACGGAAUAAGACCUCCUUCGAGAAAUUUACGGCUUCCCUAUCCGUCUCAACACCAAUUCUCCCACCGAUGCCCAAGGGGGCUGCGGCCACAGCGGCGGCUGCAGCCCACGCGUAUAGUGGAAGUGAUCCUUCGCGCAAAAAAGACGAGCUCUGGGGGAUUUUCCGCGGCCUGGAAGCGGAUUAUCAAAAAUUCCAAUCCAAAUCGAGCUCCUUGAAAGCCAAUGUCAUUCGCACCGCACUUCUUCCUUUCCUCGGCCGCCAUCAUCUUCAUGGAUCGUGCAAGAACCUCCGACCUGAAGACCUGGAUCGCCGGGUAAACAUUCUCAACAAAUGGUGGAUUGGCAUGCUAGAAAUGCUCAAUGGCAAGAAUAACCAAUCGAUAUCGGGAACAGAUAGACCGGUCUUUCUUGAGGCAAUUGUGGGCAUAAUGACUCGACCAGAAUGGCGUAUACCGUUCCCGACGAUGCAUCCAGAUGGUGGACCUGCAGAUUCAGUAAAAUACGCUUCAACUUCGGUAUCAGACACGUCUGAUGGAUCAGGCUCAUCAGGAUCCGACUUUCUGGUCGAGUCAAUACAUCAUAACAUCCGCAAUAUCUUUGUGCAAAAUCUCUUGUCGCAAAUGCAGUUCGUGGUCGAACGGAUGUCCAUGAGACAUGCUCCAGCUAGUUUGGUGGCCUUCUGUGGAAAAGCGUGUGCCUACGCCUUCUUUUUCUGCCCAGGGGUGCCAGAUAUCCUGGUUCGUCUUUGGAGCACAUCUCACGCUGUGUUCCGCCGCAUUUUGCAGGAAUCCGCCAAAUCACGAGUUGGAAAUUUGCGAGCCUAUGCACAAGAACUUUCUCUGAGCUUCCCUGCAUCUCUGCGGCCUCUUGCCUUUCACUCACAUGGGCAUCUGGUGCGAUAUUUGCGUAGUAAACCGGAGGCGCCCUUGAAUACCGCCAACAUUCCUUGGAACGGCCCUUGGAUAGCGCGCUGGUGCGGGCGUGAUACAGAUCUCUUCUUUGUCUUCAUCAAAUAUAUCCAUAUCUUGUACGCCGAGUACUUGCCGCCGGAGACAGAGAAAGCUAAGCGAAUACUGGCACCUGGGCUGUUGCUUGUUCACGCACAGCUUCUUGUCGCCCUGGAAGAUACAAUCUACAAGCAGUCCAUGCAUUUGAUGGCCGAGAACACUCACUCUGCGGCUGCAAUCACUUUCGAUGAUUUGAUUGAGUCGCCCGAUGUCUCGGCCUCGGCCCAGGCUCUUGGAGGUACGAGGAACAUUAACCGGUCUAUGGCCGAGAACCGUCUGAUCAUUCUCCUGCGAGAUUUCCUUUCCGAAGGAUCCUCGGAACCAAAUCGCGCUCGAUUGCUCUAUGCCGAAACAUUCUGUAGCGUCCUCAAGAUCUCUGCCCAGCGGGUUUCUCUUUUCGAUCAUAACGCAUGCUUCCUUUUGUGCGACUUCAUCGAAGAGGUUAUCCCAAUCAUCACGCGGUAUGCUCAGUCCAUUGAAAUUGAGUUGUUUGAUUGGAACUUUUGGCUUGAAGUCUGUCGGCAGAUGAUGCAGAGUCACAACUCGCUGACCGAAGUCCGCGUUUUCUCUUUCCUAUACUGUGUCUGGGGAAUCUGGACUGCCGUGGAGGAGAGAAAAGCUGGACUGUGCUUGGGUUUCCUGUUGCACGAGCCUAUCUUCUAUCAUUACUUUAACCACUGGAGUCCGAUGGUCCGCGCUUACUUCCAUCGCUUGUUGUGUUGGCGAAUUGGCCGAUUCAAUGGGGAACCUUCAGCGCUCGACUCAAUGAUUUAUGAAACCCUCUCUGACCGGCUUCUCCGAGUCUGGGAGUAUUAUAUUGGGUUCCAGUCCAAGGCUGAAGAGGGCUAUACCGCUCCAUUAUCCUCUGCUCCCUGUACACCAGCCCCAGGGCGCCGAAUUAUAAUCAUUCGGUGCGACAACCAGUUGUCCCCAGUGAAUCUAUUUGUCUCGUUUGAUCGAGUUGUUCCACCCACCCCGCCAGGCCAACCCAUGGCGCAUCGACGAACCGGCUCUACAGACUCGAAUGGAACCGAUAAUCAGCCCGCCAAGAAACGAUGGGGUAUUCUUCGUGCCAUGUUUGGCACCUCAAGCAACCCAGGAAACAGAUCCACGGAAAAUAUAGGGGGCGGUAGCAGCUCAGAUGAGUCUGAAGGCGGCGCCGAACCGACUGUGAUUUCCGAGAGCAAAUGCCUGGAAGUGCACGAGCCGACCCCAAGCACCAGCACGGACGAGCUCACUCGACCUAAGACUCCUCACCAGCCAUUUUUCUUCAAAUUCUCUCUAGAGUGGAUGGACCGGCCGCAAUGGCCAACCAAGAACAAGCGGCUUUUCACUCCUUGCCUCCCAGUCGCUUCUCAAUUGCACGUGCAGUACCGACGCUCUCCAGCCAAGUCAAUCACCGAAUUCGACACGGCAUCAGAAGGGGAGUACACUACAGAGAACGCCGUGGAUGAAAGCCAAUCCGAAAUCACGACAGAUAAAGAGACUGCUUCAAAACCUGUCCUCGCAUCUGUCCCCGAACCCCACACGAGGACGGCAACAACCAAAGACUCCCCCCUCCCAGAGCUACCAUCCGCCCCGGCCUUCGACCAUCUCGUGCCGAGUAAAUACGCAGGCCGUGCCCUGGCCGAGUGGGCACACAUCGUCUCCGAAUGCGACAGCUUCUUUGCCCGCCGACGUGACGAAGGCGUACCAAACGACCGACUGGUCGAGACACCAACCCUAGGUGUCGACAGCUUCAGGAAAUAA